UCCCCAGCUUCUGGGCCAGAGGCCACACUCACCGGAAAGCCAGUGAGGGUGGAGGGUGGGGCUCGGGGCCACUGACGCAGUUCUUGGGCCUGGGGAGCGAUCCAGCAAUACCCAGUCCGACCCCCGUCCCUGUCCUGGCCUCUCCCAUCACAGCUCAGGGCUUCUGGCUGGACUCCUGGUGCUUCCCCGGGACCCAAGCUCCCAGAGCUCUCUCCGACUAGGCCCCGAGCAGGCCUCGGCCGGCUCCAAGCUCUCCUGCGGCGCCACACAGUCCUUGGAAUGAAGUCCACACUCCUAGAUCACCUGGUACAGGCCCCUCCCCGUCCCGCCACCUCCACCCCUGCGCCCCCAGCGCUCGGGGUUCCCGCCACCAGUCCCGCCCACUGCCCGGCGCGCUGCAGGCCCUCUCCCAACCUCCAGGCGGCCACUGCAGGCCUUCCCCACCGGCGGGGCGUCCCUUGGCCGGGCGUCUCCCACGGCAUCCCGCCCCCAGCGGUCACCCCCUCCCCGCGCCUGCCUGGAGGACUCACCCCGGGAACGGCGAGCACCUGCGGGACCCCAACCAACCGCGCCCCUCGACAGGGUCGGGCCCACCGGCGACGCGAAGGCCUGCCGGGCCUCCCCGGCGCCAAGAUGAGCGUCACCUCCUGGUUCCUGGUGAGCAGCAGCGGCACCCGCCACCGGCUGCCGCGGGAGCUCAUCUUCGUGGGCCGCGAUGAGUGUGAGCUCAUGCUACAGAGUCGCAGCGUGGACAAGCAGCAUGCCGUCAUCAACUACGACCGGGACCGGGACGAGCACUGGGUGAAGGACCUGGGCAGCCUGAACGGGACCUUCGUGAACGAGGUGCGCAUCCCGGACCAGAAGUACGUCACGCUGAAGCUCAACGACGUCGUCCGCUUCGGCUACGAUCCCAACAUGUACGUGCUGGAGCGCGUGCAGCACCGCGUCCCGGAGGAGGCGCUCAGGCACGAGAAGUACACCAGCCAGCUGCAGGUGAGCAUCAGGGGCGCAGCCCCCAAGAGGGGCGAGGCGCUGCCGGAGCCCGCGCCUUACUGCGAGUCCGCCAACCCCAGGCUGGAGCGGGACCGGAGGCCGGGAGCAGAGACGGCGGCCUACCGCACACCCCUGUACGGGCAGCCCUCCUGGUGGGGCGAGGACGACGGGGGCACCCCGCCCGAGGACCGGCACCAGGAGGGGACGUGCCCGGAGCGGCCCAAGGAGCUGGCGCCGCAGGACGGGGACCCCCCAGGGGUGACGGCCGGCCCCCGGGCCCCCACGGAGCCCCAGGGCUUCCCCUUCCGCCGGGAGCCCAGCUACUUCGAGAUCCCCACGAAGGAGGCCCCGCGGCCCCCCGAGGCGCCGGCCCCCGAGGCGCCCACCAAGGACGUGGGGCGGGGCGGGGCGGCGCCCGCGGUGCAGAGCCACGCCUCCUUCACCAUCGAGUUCGAGGCCGGCAGCCCCGGCAAGGUGAAGAUCAAGGACCACGUCACCAAGUUCUCCCUGCGCCAGCGGCAGCCCCCGGGCAAGCCCGCGCCCGUGGAGGUGGUCUCCGCGGAGACCAAGGUGGCCGACUGGCUGGUGCAGAACGACCCCAGCCUGCUGCGCCGGCCGGGCCCCGGGGACGGCCGCCACAGCACCAAGAGCGACCUGCCGGUCCACACCCGCACCCUGAAAGGCCACAGACACGAGGACGGCACGCAGAGUGACUCGGAGAACCCCGUGGCCAAGGCGGCGACAGUGGCAGUGGCGGCAGCCACGGCGGCGGCGCCCACGCCCCCCGGGGCCCCCGCGGAGAACGGGGAGCAGGUGCGGCUGCAGAGGCAGAUCAAGCGGGACCCCCAGGACCUGCUCCACAACCAGCAGGCCUUCGUCAUCGAGUUCUUCGACGAGGACACGCCACGCAAGCGGCGCUCCCAGUCCUUCACGCACGCGCCGCCCGGGGACGCCAAGGCGGACCGGCGCCGGGGCCCCGGGCCGGCCGACAGGGACAGGGACCGCUCGGGCACCCCGGCCCGGGGGGCGGGCAGCGGCGCGGGGCCGCAGCGGGCCAGCUCGCUGAAGCGGGAGAAGACGGAGGAGCGGCCGGGCGGCCCCUCGGCCCCCACGCGCGCCCCCGCCCGCCCCUUCGGCAGCGUGGGCCGCCGCUCCCGCCUGGCGCAGGAGUUCGUGGCCCAGUGCCUGCGGGAGGGCGCCCCGGCUGCCCGGCCCGGCCCCGAGCGGGCGCCCCCCGCGCUGCCCGCCCCCCUGACGCCCCGUGGGCCCAGCCCCGCGGCCCCCUCGCCCCCGCCCCCGCCGGCACCGCCCACCGACCCGCAGCUGAGCAAGGCCCGCAGGCAGGAGGAGGACGACAGCCUGAGCGACGCGGGCACCUACACCAUCGAGACAGAGGCGCAGGACCGGGAGGUGGAGGAGGCCCGCAGGAUGAUCGACGAGGUGUUCGGCGUGUUCGAGUCCCCCGAGCUGUCCAGGGCGUCCUCGGCCGUGUUCCGCCCGGUCAUCGGAGGGGACAGAGAGGAGCCGUCUGCCCCCCGGGCCCCGGGCGUGGCGGCCCAGGCGGAGCUCCAGGGCCUCCCAGUGCCGGGCUCCCCUGGAGGCCAGAAGUGGGCGUCCCGCUGGGCAAGUCUGGCUGACAGCUACUCAGACCCGGGCCUGGCAGAGGACGGCCCCGGGCACAGGGCGGGGGACCUCGAGGGCACCCUGCCUGCACGCCAGCGGCGGCUGCUCCCACAGCUGCCCAGCGACCGGACCGACGGCACCGCCGGCCCCGAGGCCGCCAGGAGGAGCGGGCCCGGGCCCCCAGAGCCGGACGGCGAGCUGGCUAGCCACCUCUUGAACCAGGAGGACUUGGAGCCUGACAGCCUCAGCGACGCCAGCGGGUCAGAUGGAGGGCAAGGCCCGGAGCCCGGCAGGGGCCCCCCGGAGGGACUGGUGUGGCUGAGGGGCCGGCGCUCGUCCAGGGACGCUGGGGAGCCGGCCCCUGCGUCCGUCCUCACCGGGGAGCAGAGCGGGGAGGUCGCCUUUCCCCGGAGGAUGUCCACGGCUCCGCGGGAGGCAGAGGGCCCAGGGCCCGCGGCCCAGCCCGGCCCCUCACUGAGGGACAGCGUCCCCGCGGGCACGGGCGGCGGCAGGAGGGCCAUCCAGCCGCAGACACGGCCGUCCCCGGAGCCUGAGGGCCCCGCCCAGGCCAAGGAGGCUGGCGCCUUCAUCCGGCAGGAGAGCUUCACCAAGGAGCCGUCCGGCGGCGCCCCCGCCCCCGGGCAGCUCCCCCACAUCUCCAGUCACCCCCUGCUGCGGGACCUGGCCGCGGCCCGGGCCUCGCGCGCGGCCCUGCAGCCCCAGGACACCCAGCUGAUCCUGAAGGAGACCGAGACGGCCCUGGCGGCCCUGGAGGCACGCCUGCUCUCCCCGUCUGCCGCCGAGGCCCGGGGGCCGCCGGAGGACUCCCUGUCCGGGGACUCAGACGUGGACAGCGCCAGCACCGUCAGCCUGCUCAGUGGCAAGAACGGGGCCAGCCCGAUGAACUCCCAGCUCGCGGGGCUGCAGAGGGAGACGCCGCCGUCCCAGGCUGCGGUGCAGGACCUGGGAGGCGCGGCCCUGGGCGGCCCCCGGGAGCGGCUCUCAGAAAAGCAGCGCCACCCGGUGGCAGACGCGGGCCGGGGCGAGCCUGCACGGCGUCUGGCCGCGCGGCGCGGCCAGGGCUCCCUGGACUGGCCCGACGAGGAGCGGGGCUCCGGGCUAGCCCACCCGCCCGGUGCCGACACGGCCGCCUCCGACAACGAGGGCCACUCGGCCCCCGGGAUGGGGCGGCUGGGGUCUCGCCGGAAACCCUCGGGGCCCCCGCCGUCCCCAGCCGCCCGGGAGGAGCAGGGCCGCGUGUCGGCCAGUGCCCAGAGGGUGCAGCAGGCGCUGACCCGCUCCAACAGCCUGUCCACCCCGCGGCCCACGCGGGCCUCCCGGCUGCGGCGGGCCCGGCUCGGGGACGCCUCGGACACGGAGGCGGUGGACGGCGAGCGGGCGCCCCUGGCGAACCCCGAGCCAGGGGGGCGGCCAGCGGCCGAGCAGGCCAAGAAGCUGUCGCGCCUGGAUAUCCUGGCCAUGCCCCGGAAGCGGGCUGGCUCCUUCACCGGGCCCGGCGACGCCGAGGCCGCACCCGCCCGCCCCGGCUCCUCCGGCCGCAGCGUCGAGUGGUCCUGCGCCGGCCGCAAGCCCACCAGGGCCGAGGCUCAGGCCGCCGUCCGGAAGACCCCCACCCCGGCCACGGCCCCCCGCCAGCCCUUCAGCAGGGCCCGCCCGGGCAGCGCCCGGUACUCCUCACCCAGCACGCGCCGCCGGCAGCAGGGCUCCGACUGCACGUCCACCUCCGAGGAGGAGUGCGGCCCCCACCACGGCUCCGGCUCCCCCAGACACGGGCGCCCCCGCACCUCGGCAGCCACGCAGACCCCGAGGGCGGGCAGCUCCGUCCGGGCCCGGUCCCGGUGCCGGGACACCGACGACGAUGACGGGGAGGAGGACCCAGACCCCUACGGCCUCAUCGUGCAGACGGCGGAGAUUGCAGAGAUCGCCAGGCUGAGCCAGACGCUGGUGAAGGACGUGGCCAUCCUGGCCCGGGAGAUCCACGACGUGGCCGGGGACGGGGACGCCUCGGUCUCCCCGGGGCCUGUGCGCAGCCCCUCCCUCAACAACUUGCCGGCCUCCACCAUCUCCGCCCGCGAGGAGCUGGUGCAGCGCAUCCCCGAGGCCAGCCUCCACUUCCAGAAGGUGCCGCCUGGCGCCCCGAGCCCCCGCGACCUGGACCAGAACAUGAACGACCGCCGGGAGGACCCCCUGGCCAACAAGACGAGGCCGCGGAACCGCGAGGAGGUGAUCUUCGACAACCUGAUGCUGAACCCCGUGUCCCGGCUGUCCCAGGCCAUCCGGGAGGACACGGAGCACCUUGCCGAGAAGAUGAAGAUCCUCUUCCAGAACUCGGGGCGCGCGUGGGAGGACCUGGAAGCCAGGAUCAACGCCGAGAACGAGGUGCCCAUCCUGAAGACUUCCAACAAGGAGAUCAGCUCCAUCCUGAAGGAACUGAGGCGCGUGCAGAAGCAGCUGGAAGUCAUCAACGCCAUCGUGGACCCCAGCGGGAACCUGGACCUGCUGACCGCAAGCAGGGGCUCUGCCUGCAAUGCCCAGCCCGGGAAAGGCCGGCUGGCUGUCCAGAGCCCUUCCUCACCGCCCUCGGCCCUGUCCCUGAGGAGCUUCCCGCAGAGGGCCACCUGCGGGUCCCCCAGCCUCCCGGACCCCUCCUUCCUGCCCGACUUCCUCCCGGACUCUGAGAGGUUCCUGAUCUAGGGGGCAGUGGAGCAGGGGCAGCCCCUGUGUGGGGGCCCCUGGUGGGUGCCUCCCACUCGCCCUUCCCGCUGCCUGCACCCCUCCCGGCGGCAUCGGUUCACCACGAAGACCCCCACACGUGCCAUAACCCACGGCGGGUGCUGCCCCCAGGCCCCCUCUCGGCUCCCAGCCGGCACCCCACGGGAUUGCCCAGCCCCCGCCCCGCCGGCCCCCUGGCCCAGCUUCUGUUGUGGCCACUGCCAAGGGCUGUGCCCCGGGCCUGUCCCCACACCCUCUGCAUCACUGUCACUUUCGUCUUUAGCUUUCAAGGGAAGAAGAGUCGCCUGUUCCGUCUCAGCAGCCCCCCUGCCCCGUGGGCCGGGGCACGUGCUUACCUGUCCCAUACCCGUGUGCUGGCUGGCCAGGCGGAGGCGGGGGCUGCCUGUGGGGUCGCAGAGUGCCAAACAGGGGGCUGGGCGGGCUGGACGCCCGGACUCGAGGGCGUGGGCAGGGCAGGGACCGGCACCUGGAGCCUUCGGUGCCAACACGCCUGCAAACCCGCCCAGCCUGCGGGCUGCUGCUGCGGUGGGGAGGGGCCGGGUGUGCCCCGGGCCUGCUCACUGCCGGCCCGGGCACAUCUGUGUGGUGUGCAAGGCCUGUCCCGAGACCGUGCUGGGCCCUGCACUUGGCUUCCGGUAGCUCUGGGCCAGGUGGAGGUGCACGCCAGACCAAAGUGGCCGCAACCCAGCUCCCGAAGGCUCCCCAGGGACACGCCGCCCUGUCCCGGACUCUGGGCGGACUGGGCAUCUACAGGCGCCCCCGCCCAGGGGUGGGGGUGGGGACGGGCCCCAGAAGCAGUGUGUCAUUUCUCAGGAUUCUGUCAGCGGGAACGUGCCAGGCGGCCCCUCCCGGGGGCUCGGGUUUCUGGAGCCUCUAAGCCAAAGAGCCGUGGGCGGGGCGGGGCGAACCCCUCAGCAGAGUGGUGUGGCCGCUGCACACGCGCCUGGUGUCUGUGUGUCACUGCAGGGGGGCCGGGGGCGGGGGGCAGGCUCUGUUUACAUUGGCGUCCAGGCGCAGCCCCUGCCCGCGGAUGUUUACCUGUGUGAGUGGCAGUCACGUGGAGGCGGUGCUAGUCCUGGCCCCGCCCACGCGCCCCGCCCCACUGCCCCAGCGCCAAUCACAGCUCUGCCCGCAGAGCCUCCUCCCUCCCCCCGCCCCCGGGGCGCUGCACCGUGGAUCUCUCCAUCAGCCUGUGCCCCUCCGCAGCCCCGGGCCGGGAUCAGUAACUUAUUUGUCUGGCUCCGCGGAGGCUCCUCUGUGCUUGUCCUCAGGUGGCCUGUCGGUGUCUUCGAGAAAAUGGUUAUUUUAUAUGAUUUGUCAUGGAACUUGUUCUAAUAAAUCAUUCUAUCACGUGGCAACA